AUGAAUAGUGAAUCACUUCGAGCGUUGCUCACUCGAGUACAAAUUGUAUUACUUUACAAAACAUCAACCAUCUUUCGAAGACGAAGGCGGCGAACAGUUAUCUUUACUAUUGCUACUAUUUCAUUGCUUGUCGUAUCUGGUGUUAUCUUUGUUCUUCUGUAUGGUUUAAAACAACCUGCUCCUAAUGCAAAUGUUGAGAUCUGUAGUUCUAGUCUUGAAACCUACCAUAUUAAUGGUUCGUCAAUAUUAGGCAAAUAUUCUCGAGCAGCUGUAACUGUUGAUAAUGGUGAAUGUUCAAAAAUUGGACGUCAAAUACUAGAAAAAAACGGUACAACUAUGGAUGCUGCUUUAGCAGCCGCUAUUUGUAAUGGUGUGAUGAAUGGUCAUUCAAUGGGCAUAGGCGGCGGAUGUGCUAUUUUAAUAUAUUCGAAGAAAAGAAAAAGAGCUUUUAGUCUCAUAGGAAGAGAACGAGCGCCGUAUGCAGCAAAUGCAACUAUGUUCAUCGGUCGAGAAAAUAUGUCUAUGACUGGUGGUCUAGCGAUUGCAGUUCCAGGUGAAUUACGAGCUUACAAAAAAGCUUAUGAUGAGUUCGGAGGCGGUGUUCCAUGGCGUGAUUUAUUUCAGCCGACAAUUCAACUAUGUCGCAAUGGUUUUAUUGUAAGUGCAUCACAAGCUGCAGCUAUUGCACAAACAAGAUCUUUAAUUUUGAACGAUCCAGCCAUGAGAGAAUUGUUCGUCAAAAAUAAUAAAACAAAUGAAUUAUACUCGAAAGGAGAUAUUAUGAAACGACCGAAAUAUGCUGCUACACUUGAAAUCAUUGCUGAACAAGGUGCUGAUGCUUUUUAUACGGGUACAUUAGCUGAUAGAAUUGUGAAAGAAAUUCAUGAUCAUGGUGGUAUUAUUACAAAACAAGAUCUUGCUGAUUAUCAAGUUGAUUUUAAUGAAGCCUUAAGUGUUAAUCUCAAUGCGUCAUUAACAGCAUUUACAACACAAGCACCAUCCAGUGGACCACUACUUAUUUUCAUUCUCAACAUUCUUCGAGGAUAUAAUAUAGCUGAAAGUAAUUUAAAAAAGACAUCAGAUGCAGCCCUGUUCUAUCAUCGUCUUAUCGAAGCAUUUAAAUUUGCUUAUGCUAAACGAACUGAACUUGCUGAUCCAUUAAAAAUUAAUAUCACCAAUCUGAUACGCAAUUUAACAUCAAAAGAUUAUGCUGAUAGUAUACGAGCACGUAUUAAUGACUAUAAAACAUUCGAUUUCGAAUAUUAUGGAGGAACAUGGUAUGAUCAACUAAAAACAGGCACAGCUCAUUUGUCGGUUGUUGGACCUGAUGGUGAUGCUGUUGCAUUAACAUCAACUGUUAAUCUCUACUUCGGGUCAAAAGUUGUUGGUCCUGAAACAGGCAUUAUUUACAAUGAUGAAAUGGAUGAUUUUUCAAUUCCAAAUACAACAAAUUUUUUUGGUGUUCCAGCUAGUCCAGCUAAUUUUAUAGCACCCGGAAAACGACCGGUUUCAUCAAUGUCACCAUUAAUUCUACUAGAAACUGCUAAUCAACGUAUACAACAAGUUUUAGGUGCUAGUGGUGGCACUAAAAUAACUACAAGUGUUGCUCAAGUUGCAAUGCUUAAUUUAUGGUUUAAUGAAAAUAUAAAACAAGCUAUUGAUGCACCAAGACUUCAUUCACAAUUAUUACCGCAAUCAGUUUUGGCUGAACAUGGUUUUGAUCAGGAUAUCUUAAAACUACUUAAAAAACGUGGUCAUAACAUAACGUGUAGCACCUAUGGUGGUUCUGUUAUACAAGGCAUUGAGUGGCGUGAUGAAGUAAAUCAAUAUUGGGCAAACUGUGAUAUACGUAAAGGUGGUGCACCAGAUGGAUUUUCUUAA